GGUAUUUUUAGUAUUGCAUUUUUAAUACGGCCAUCAACACCAAGGGCAGUGGAAAGUGGAAACGCGCCUAAUUGUUGUUAGAUGCGUUUAUUUUAUUCUCUGCGCAUAUACAUGACCCCGUUAUUGAUCAAAAGAGCAAAACAGGGAGGUAGAGAGAAAGAGAGGGAAAAAAAAAGGAUUUAGAGAAGGAUAUGGUGCAGGGGACUCUCGAAGUGCUUCUUGUGGCCGCCAAGGGCCUCGACAACACCGAUUUCCUCUGUAAAAUGGAUCCUUAUGCUGUCCUGAAAUGCCGCACGCAGGAGCAGAAAAGCAGUGUUGCAUCAGGAGCCGGAGACGAACCUGAAUGGAAUGAGACCUUCGUGUUCACCGUAUCUGACGACAUUUCAGAAAUUACAAUCAAGCUUAUGGACAAAGAUGCUAUUACAGCAGACGAUUUUGUCGGAGAAGCUACAAUACCCCUGAAGCCACUGUUUAUGGAAGGUAGCCUCCCACCAACUGUUUACAAUGUUGUCAAAGAUCAGGAAUAUCGUGGCGAAAUCAAAGUUGGUCUCGCAUUCACGCCAACGAAAAAUCAUCAGCAGGACGGCGGUGAAGAAGAGAACUAUGGCGGGUGGAAUGAAUCUUCUUCCUGAAUUUAGUAUCGGAAUUUACAAUAUAUUUAUUUCAAAGGGAUUUCAUUGUUGUAGUAAUAUUAUCGGAUGGUUUGCUAGGAUGUUUUGGAAACUUCCUAGUUCCUAGUCACUCAAAAGGCAUUGAAAAUAAUCCUCUGUAUAUCUAAUUGAUGUAUCAUCAAAUUGGAGCUAUGCUUGAAUGCUAAUGUUGAAAGUUUAAUCUAGUUCACUCUUUAA